AUCUUUUGUUUUUUGCUACAUAACCUGAUAGAAGGAACGCCGGAUAUUAACGUAGCAAGGUGGAUUUAAUUGACGUGAUAAAAGAUUUAGCGUUCGCAGAAUUACACGCUGUUACCACUGAGACGAGUCAAGAAAGCUGAAUGGCGGAAUCACAAGCACUAGCCCGUAGCCAGUCCUCGGUAAAGGCUAGGAUCGACGCAUUCAUACUGAAGGUAAGUUGGCGAGCGUAGGUAGGCCGAAGGUUUGUGAGUUGGACAAGAACGGUUGUAGGUAACCCUAAUCGAACUAACCGUUAACCGUUUAUCCGCAGAAUGCGAACCUCGACAACCAGAAGAACAAACUGAGAGAAGAGUCGUACGAAUUGCUGCGGAAAUUUCGGCGAUAUGACGAAAUGGAAACUGCAGCCACUGAGAAGUCUCAACACUUCCGCGGCCUGGAGGUAACCCACGAGGAAUCCAUCGAAGCGUCUAGGAUACUCCUCUGCAAGAAGCGAGAGGAGAUCAAGGGGAUAAACGGCGCGGCGGAUCGGACCCAAAGUCUGCGAACGAAUGAACUAGUGAUAUUCGAAAACAGGGUUGCGGAGGCGGUGCCAAAGUUUUUAAAUGCCUUGACUGAUUACUCCACGGAUAAUGCAACGGCGGCCAUUGGCAAUAUCAGACGUGAAAACCAAGAAUUUCAGGAAGGAAUCGCAAUAGUUGAUCGAGAAGUCGAAGCUCUGAUGUCCAAGUAUGAGAUGAAGGAAGGGAUUGUAAGCGCGAUACCGAGUCACGAAUUAGGUGUAACGGAUUUACAGAAGCUCAAAGAUACUUGGAACAAAGCGAAUCAGCGCAGAAAUUCGGAGUGGAAACGAAUUGAACAUUUGAAUAAACAACUUCAGGAAACGACAAAGCGCAAUGAUAGAAAAAUAGCUCGGCACCUUGGUAAAACCACGUAACUCCGCGCGAGUUGCAUUAUUCUAAUUAUACUCCAAGUUAUAAAACACUCUACGUAAUGUAAUAUAUAAUAUAAUCUAUCGUUAUACCUAAUACGUCUCCUCGUGAAGUCACAGUGCCAUAAUUAGCUCCAUUUUUGUAACAGUCAAAUAGUUCGUAUCGUUAAAAAAUAAUCGAUAUUAUCAUAGCUCAAUACAAUACAAUUAAAUAUGUAAUAACUCCAGUAUACAUUAUAUAAUCUAAUAAAACGGAGCACUGAAAGGAAAGAAAUGUCACACACACUCAGCGAACUGAUAAAUCCACCGCAAAUCACGUGUUAUGUUGAAAGUUGGUAUACGUGU